AUGUCAGCCGUGUCAAAAUGUCAACGUUCAGAUAUGAAAUGGAAAGCAGAAGAAGAAAAAGCCAAGGGAUGGCGAUUCUCAGAAUAUUUUUCUCUGCCAAUCCCACAGCGUCUUCAAAUCUAUUUUGUUUAUAUCGAUAAAAGCUUAUUCAAUUCCUUCUUUGUACUCAAUUUUCUAUACUACAUCACAUAUAGUGUAUCAGUAUAUUCUUCACAGUUUCUAUCUAUCUAUCUAUCUAUCUAUCUAUCUAUCUAUCUAUCUAUCUAUCCAGCUAGCUAUCAGAUGCUACCUGCUUGGCGCCAAUUCCAUAUCCUUGGCGCCUUUUUCACUUUUUCUCUCCAAAGAAUACACCUCUAUACCGUUUGGAAACAUCAAAGUCGGCAACGGGAGAGCAAAUAUGUCUUAGAUUUCUUCCUUUCUUUGUUUUAUUUACAUUCUUUUACAUUAAUUUCCAUCCAUUCUGUCUGUCUAUCUAUCUAUCUAUCUUAA